CCCGCGGUGGUUCGCUCCCGCCGCCGUUCCCCCCCCCCCCGGCCCAGCGGCGGGGCCGCGACCCGGAAGAGCUCCGGGAGCGUUUCCGGCCGUGCCUCCCGGAACGGCGGCGGCGGCGGCAGGGCCCGGGCGCGGGGCCUCCUCCUGCGGAGCGGAUUCCCAAUGUCCUGCCAUGGAUGAUGACAGCCAGGAUGAGCUGAUAAACAAGAACGCCGCGCUGGGCAAGGGCAAAAGGCAGAGUCUGGCACUCCUCAGUGAAACAGAAAGCAACGGUGGGAACAGCUGUGAAUCAGAAGAUGACACCGGGAGUGAGGAGGAAGAUGACUCUGAGGAAGAGGGAGGUGAGGAGGACAAAGAAGAAAGUGAAGAUGAAGAAUUAGAAGAUUGCGAAGAUGACGAUGAAGAGGAGGAGGAAGAAGCUGGGGGGGGAAUGACUGAUGCUCUGAAAUUAGAGCCACACCUAAACGUAGCAAAUGUUUCCUCUGAUGAGGAUGGCGAAAACUGCCCCAUUUGCCUCAACACGUUCAGAGAUCAGGCCGUUGGGACUCCUGAGAACUGCUCCCAUUACUUCUGCUUGGACUGCAUCGUGGAGUGGUCAAAGAAUGCAAACUCCUGCCCAGUGGAUCGAAUCCUCUUUAAGUACAUUAGCAUUCGGGCGCAUUUUGGUGGUAAAAUCUUAAAAAAGAUUCCUGUUGAGAACACACAAACUCAGGGUAACGAUGGAGAGGAUGAUCCAACCUUCUGCGAGGUGUGUGGCAGAAGUGACCGUGAGGAUCGCCUGCUGCUGUGCGAUGGCUGUGAUGCAGGGUAUCAUAUGGAAUGCCUUAACCCACCUCUGAGUGAAGUCCCUGUAGAUGAAUGGUUCUGUCCUGCCUGUGCUCCCAUGGGUAUCAGUGCUGCUGCAGAUACAGAUCACGUGAGUGAAGAAGAGGUUGCUGCCCUCGUGGCUGACGUUAUUCCUACCACUAGCAGGCUACGUCCUCACGUCCGAACCCGAGCUAUAGCCAGGACUCGGCAGAGUGAGCGAGUUCGGGCAACAGUGAACAGAAACCGGAUAACAACUGCGCAACAAAUUCAGCAUGUGCCGAGGUACCUCAUGUCCUCUCUUCUGGAUGAAACAAUUGAGGCAGUUGUAGCGGGCCUGAACACAGCCAUUUACCAGCGUCCUCUUACACCGCGGGCUCCUGCUAGACAGAAGAGAAAAACAGGUAGGAGGAAGAAGGUAGCAGGCAAAAAAAGAGCUCAGACAAAAUCUUCUGUUGGGAAGAAGACGUCAGGGACGCAGCUGAAGAGACGCAAGCGUUUAAUGAAGAAGAGAAGAGGGAAAAAGACAAGAGUAAGAUCGCAUGUAAAAAAUGAGGUUACUACUCGCUCCCGUAUUGCACGAACUCUCGGUCUUAGUAAACCUGUGCGUGGGGCCUCGAUUCCUUCCAUAUACAAACCAACAGAGCCCUCACUUGGUCUGAUGAGGGCAGACAUUGGUGCAGCUUCUCUGUCCGUGUUUGGAGAUCCAUACGAGUUGGAUCCUUAUGAGAGCAACGAAGAAGUUCCAGCAAAUCCAGAUUCACCAGUGAGUGCCAAAAGGAGAGUUCUCUCCCAGUCAGCUCUGAGGUCUCACCGUCCUGUAGCUAGACCUGUUUCUGUAGGACUUCCCAGAAGCAGUGUACCUGCCUUGAGUCCUGAUCACGAAGCAGAAGCUGCCCCCGUGCCUGAUCUAUUGGGAAGUAUCCUGUCUGGACAGAGCAUCCUCAUGAUGAGUAGUUCUGACGUGGUCAUCAACAGAGAUGGUUCUCUGACAGCAAAGAAGGCAGCUCCACUUCACAGAAAAUCAGCAAAAGACUCGAGACCGGAUGAUGAUUUGGGACGUAAACCCCAGCUGAGUACAGUGCACUCAGGGACCAUGGCAAGCAGCUCCAUUGCUGGACCUUCAGCUUCCUUGGGGCUGAAUACUCGCACUAGACCCACCUCAUCAAGUUUGUUUUCAUCACCUUCACCCUCCCUGAGCAGGGUUGAGCCCGCAGCAAACCCUGCACAGACCACGUCAGAAAAGGCAACUGUAAAAUCGGAAUUUUCAAUGACACCCAGGUCUGUUCAGACUCACAGUAUAGCUAGCCUGAGUGGUCACGGCUCCAAGUCAGAUGAAAUGCCCAGAUUUAAUGGGAACUCUAAAAACUUUGCCCCCACUAAUUCAUCUUCAAAGCCCCCGAGCUGUAACUUGAAUUCUGGUUCUAAGACUGUAACUGUGAGGCAACCAUUAAAACCACCUCUCAAGAGAGUUGACAUCUUUGAGCUUCCCAGGAUACCAAAGAUUAAAAAGGAAACCAGCAGCAAGCAGGUGGAGCCAGAACCCACAGGAAGCCAAAGCUGCGACAUCCCCAGCUCCUGCAUAACGCAGCUGACUGGCAAAGAGAGCGCUAAUCAGCCGGGAAAGGGCAGCAGGGUGGAAAGUCAGAAGUCAAAUGCCAAGGAAUCUCAGCAGCAAACGCGUACGAGCGGGGCAUCUUUUUCUACCAAUGCAGGUGUGUAUAGCAGUUCGUCACUUCUGGGCACUUCGAGGAGCAAAGGCCCGAGCUCUUUUGAGAGUUUUAAAAUUAAUAUUCCUGGAAAUGUAGGGACUUCCAGCAGACUGCCUAACCCAGGGUUUUGUAACACCUUUCGCCCUGUGGAUGACAAAGUGCAACAGAAAGAGACUCCUUCACCUCUUUUCUCAGUCAAGAAGAAGCAAGUCAAAAGUGAAAUAUACGAUCCCUUUGAGCCAACAGGGUCAGACUCGAGUUCAGCAAGCAGUAGUCCUGAAAGGCUCGGCUCAGGGAUCCCACUAACUAAUAUUACCAGGACUAUUUCCAUCGAAAAUCCAAAAGUUCAAACAUUUCAAACUGUUCGUCGUUUCACUCCUUACACAGUAGAAAAUAUAUUUGGGUCUGGGGCUGAAUCUGAUGUACCCUCUAGUAACACGGAGUCUCAUGAAGACGUGCCAGCAGAAAGCAGGAUUGUAGAACAGAUCUCUGAUACGGAGGAACGAGACAAUAUGGAUGAGGAAGACUUUCUAAGCGGUCCUUGCACUUCAUCUGUUGUUAAGCAAAUCUCUAAUGCAGAGCCUUUAAAGGAAGAAGGUAGAGAGGGCCCAAAUGUGUUCUUUAAUGCUGAAGAAUUAAUCAGACCUAGUAUUAGUGUGAAACUAGAACCAGAACCAGAAAGUCCCUCAAAGAAUGAUGGGCAGCAAAAAGGCCAAAAGACGGAACAACCAGAGAAACGAUCACGUUCCAGAUCCUGUUCAAACUCCAGCUCCCGGAGCAGGAAGAAGGUGAAGAGGAAAAAGGCAGUUGUCAAAGACCAUAAGAGAUCCCGAUCAGGGUCUAGGGACAGAGCACGCUCGAGGGACCGAAGUUCCAGAUCUACGUCUUGGUCAGGUGGAGAGGAGCACAGCAAAACACACACCUCGAAACCCAAGAACAAGAGGUCUUCUACUGACCGUUCCAGCAGUCACGAGCGAUCCAAAAAAAAGAAAAUGAAGGAUAAAACUAAGGAUAAAAAGGCAAAAUCUUCUUGGUCUAGGGAGAGAAGGAAAUCGAGGUCACGUUCAGGUAGUCCUGGAAGUACUUCUGAGUUUUAUGAAAACAGGAAGAAGAAAAGGCGGUCUCGGUCAAGAUCUAGACGGAGGGAUCGUUCCCGCUCAAAUAGCACUGAAAGGACUAAGAGGCGGAAACACAGGAGAGACAAGAGCUAUGAGAGGUAUGAAAAAGAUAGUAGCGUGAGGUCCAGGGAGAGAAAGAGAUCAAGAUCCAGGUCUCGAGAGAGGAGAAAGUGGAGGUCUCGGUCUCGGUCUGCAUCUCGAUCUCGGGAGCACAAAAGCAGCAAAUCAAAAGAAAAAAGGCCACGAUCGAGAUCACGUUCCAAAGAAAGGAAACACAGGUCAAAAGAGACCUCGCUUCCUCCCCAGCCGGAAAAAGAUCAAAAGCCUCCAGCUGAAGAUGUACCCAGCUGUCCAGAGCAAUCCCAUUCCUUCAAACAGGAGCCAAAGGAAGAGCUAGUACUGGAGCAGUUUUCCAUAACCAUCCAACCCAACGUCAAAGUUGAGGAAGUACAGGCUGAGACCUCCGUGCAACAGAGGGAGGCCCAAGAAACUAUAAAGGUAGAGCCUAUUUGUGAGGAAGUGGCAAGUGAAGCUGCAUUCCGUGUGCCAGAGAUCACAAACAGCUGUGUUCCAAUUGGCAGCAUGGAUUCUUUGGCUGAAACUGAAUUAAUGACUAGCAGUGAUCCAGCAUUGCUUGGUAGCUGUAGCAAUACGAACCUGGAGAUUACAGUUAAAAUAGAAAAUACUGCGCUGUGUCCGCCUCUGAUGGAGCCACCUCCAAAGAAAGAGGUUAUCGUGCAAGUUCAGCCUGAGGCUGAGCCAAUUCAAAGCUCAUCCAAAAGCAAAAUAACAGAUUGUGUGAGAGAGGUUAAAGAUGAGUGCCUUGUGUCAACGGAGAAAACCAGUGAUUUCACUAAACCUGAACUGGAGGUGGUACCUCAGGGUCCCGCGUUGAAAUCUAAAGCACCAGUGAAAAGAGUGACCUGGAAUCUUCAAGAGGAAGAGAGCGGUGCGUUGUCUGCUGGAAAAGCUCCACGGAUGCCGUUUUACAAACUUCAGCGAGCAAAAGAAGGGGCCUGGAAGGCAGAGGACUUGAACCAAACAUUAAAUCAGGUGUUCUGUCAAAAUCUACCUUUGACGCCACCUCUGCCCUCGAGCCUCCCACCCUACGCGCCCGUCAGCCAGCCCACGGUUCAGUUCAUCAUGCAGGGCAGCCUGCCAGCGCUUGGCUGCGUGGCGGGGCAGAGCCUGACUCCAGAGCCGGGCAGCUUGGCUACUGCCUCUGAGCCAGGAAUUCAAGCUGCUUCUGUUGGAAAUGCAGAAGAAAAGAUCAAAGUACCGAAACCUCCAGUGGAUAAAACGAAGAAUGAGGAAUACAUGAAGAAGCUUCACAUGCAGGAAAGAGCUGUGGAAGAAGUGAAACUUGCCAUUAAACCUUUUUACCAGAAGAGGGAGAUUACGAAGGAGGAAUAUAAGAACAUUCUUCGAAAAGCUGUGCAAAAGAUCUGCCACAGCAAAAGUGGAGAGAUCAACCCUAUGAAGGUAGCUAAUCUGGUGAAGGCGUAUGUGGAAAAAUACAAACAUAUGAGGAAACAUAAGAAGUCUGAUGGUGAAGAUGCACGUGAAGUGGAAAACUGAGAGUAAGCUGCAGCCAGAAUGACUUGAAUUGAACUCUAUGAACUGAGAACAUUAUUCCAGAAGAAAUAACAGAUCUGCAGUAACAUCUCAUCAAAAGUAAAAUGCAGAGAAGCAAGAUAGGAUUUAUCUGCUGAACCUACUUUUGAAUUGUUUCCAUAUGGGAAUGAGCUUGGGUUUGUUGUUUUUUUUCUGAUUACCUACAGAUGUAGAACUCAAUAACAAUCAAAUGCCUCAGACCAGCAGAGUAAUUCCAGGGGAAACACAGAAGAGAUUGAUGUUUGGGACUCCCGGAUUGCUACCAUUUUCAGGGUUAUUUUGAUCACAUUUUUGGCCCGUGCACCUGUCUUGCUAAAAGUUUGAAACUGGACACCACUUUUCGUAUACAGUAUAUUGAGAGCUAUAUACUGUUUCCCUUGUGUUUAUUUAUCAAAAUAUGGAUUGUCUUUAGAAACUUCUAAUUUAAUACUUGAAAUGUGGUAUUUUUAGCCUGCUCGAUGAGGAGCGAAGCUUUACUCGCUCUGUCAUUUGGGGAUUGCAGAAAUGAGCUAACCUUUAUAAAUUGACUUCAGAAACACUGCUCAACCCGUGGUGUUUAUUUACAUCCUGUUGGAAAUAUCCUGUUAGUGAAAAGUUUAAUUUUGGGGGUGGGAGAUUAUGUUGCACUUCUGUAAAUAAUGCACUGAUGGCUGGUUUUGUGUCUGCCUUUCAGGAAAAAUGAAACAAAAAGCAAACAUAGUGAAUUUUCAGUAACAAGCUUGAGGGACAAGGUUGAACUGAUGUACAAAGCAGAAAUGUGACAGAAUUUAUAAAGUUAUUUUGAACGGU